UAUUUUUUUUUCUUCCAAGUGACAAAAGGGGGUGUGGGGAUUUUGAUUUCUCUUGUGAUUUUACAAGUUGGGUAUUGUAAAAUCUGUUUGAAUGGUAGUAACAGUACAAGAUUUGGAAUUUUCUUGGAAAUUUGAUUAUUGGGUUGUUGAUUGGAAGGUAAAGUUGCAAUCUUGGAAAAAAAUUGGGAAAAAAAAGAUGACAUCUUCAGCUGUAAAUUUGGUGAUGACAGUGAUUGGGUUUACAGUGAGCAUUAUAUUCAUAGUAUUUGUGUGUACAAGGUUAAUUUGUGCAAGAAUUCAGUACUUGACAAGGAGGAGGUCUUCUGCAUAUACUUCUAGAUCUGAUCUUAGCAUUUUGGAACGUGGUUUACAUGGUCUGGAGCCUCUUGCUGUUGCCAACUUCCCUACGAAGAAGUACAGUGAUGCAUUUUUUUCAUUUGCAGAAGAUACUCAAUGCACGAUUUGCCUUGCUGAAUAUCGGGAGGAAGAUACAUUACGUAUUUUGCCAUUAUGUGGACAUUACUUCCACGCCACAUGUAUCGACAUAUGGUUUCAGCAGCACUCUACAUGCCCUGUUUGUCGGAUUUCCUUGCGCGAGACUGCUGACAAAAAGUGCUUCUUGCAGCCCUUGUUUAGUUCAGCUGUCCGAUCUCAAUACACGAUGGACACCCUGAAUGUUAAUUCGAACCAAUGCUCGUCAUCUGGGCAGAGGCUUUCUUCAAGAUCACACGACAACCAGAGAACGAACCCCACUACAGCAAGUGCAUCAAAUGCAUAG